AUGACCAAAACUAAUGUUCAAGUAUUCACUGAUUUCGAUGGAACUCUGUCAUUGGAUGAUACUGGUCUUUUGUUGAUCGAUGACCGUCGUUCAAUGGGCCCUGAACGUAGAAGGGUUUUGGAACACGAAAUCUUGGAUGGCACCAAAACCUACAGAGAUGCCCUUCAAGAAAUGUGGGACUCUGUUCAUAUCAGCUGGGAGGAAGCGUGGACUGAAUACCUCGAUAAGUGCACCAUCGAUCCUGGAUUCCCAUCCUUCAAUGACUACUGCCGUGAGAACAAAUUUCCCGUCACCAUUAUAAGCAGCGGUUUACUGCCAUUGCUGUCCAAGAUCAUGACUAAUUUCCUUGGUGACAAGGCUAAAGACAUUGAAAUUGUAUCCAACAAUGGUAAGGUCGAGGGCAGGAAUUGGAAGAUCAUUUGGAGAGAUGAUAGCAUUUAUGGCAAUGACAAGUCCAAGACUCUAGCCAAGGCUCGUGAGUUGGCCGACAAGGAUACUAUCUUUGUAUUCUGUGGAGAUGGUGUCUCUGACAUUUCUGCCGCCAAGCAUGCUGAUGUCUUGUUUGCCCGUAAAGACAGAGAUUUAGAGUUUUACUGCAAGAGAGAAGACAUUCCUUAUAUUCCAUUCAAUACCUUUGCAGAGGUAGAAUCUGUUGUUAGAAAACUGGUAGAUGGAAAAGCUAUACUAGAGAAAUCUCCCAGUGGUUUCUGUAAGGUUGUUGACAAUUAA